GUCCCCAUCUUUCGUACCAAGGAACGUUACCUGUCAUCCCUCUGCUCCACCCUUCUUUCGCGGGUUCGGCCUUCAGACCUCCGAUCAUAACUCGCCAAAUCCUCCACCUGCUAUUCGCCGUACCAGCGACUCCUUUGGGCCCCAGCUACCACUUCGGCCUCCGUGAUCUGACAAGCACGUUACUCAUUGAAACACCGACCGAUCUGCGCUACGUAACCAGUUAGCCUCUGUUGGUACUAUUCAGUUGGGAAGGAUUGAAGUAAAUCGGCCGUGGCCCUGCAAUAUAUAUCCUCCACCACCCACCCCGAGUACAACUCAAGACCAGAGUUACCCUCACGCAACUUCCAUACUCCACUCUCACAUCAUUUAAUAUGUCAGAACGACCAACUUUGGAGCUCAUGACGGCUCUCUCCAAUCUCCUCGAAUUCGGAAAGUACUCAGACCUUACAAUCGCCUGCGGCAUGAGAAGCUACCCCGUCCACCGCGCCAUCAUCUGCUCGCGGUCCUCGUUCUUCGACGGAGCAUGCAGCAGUCCCUUCCGAGAGGCUGAGACGGGUAUAAUCGACCUAAGCGAGGAUGACCCCGAAGCCGUCGAGCACAUGGUAAACUAUUUCUACCACCUCGACUAUCUCAACAGCUUCAGGCCCCGCCGCGCGUCGCAGCGGUCAAGCCGGCCAGCAUCGCCAACUAGCCCUCGCAGGGCCGCUGGGAUCGUCCGCAGACGCAGCAAAAGGCUCAGCUUGGCGACCUUUGAAGAUCCGCUACUCGCAACGGCGGCGGCAAACACGGUUACACCUCCCCUCACGCCCACAGAGGAUUCCCCAGCGGACCACUUCGAGAACGUCGACGCGAAGCUGCCCGACACGCCAAUGCAGGAUCAGCUGGACGAAGAGGACCUCUUCGAGACCGCAUCUACAGAGCCGGCGGUCGACAAUGACGCGCCGCACCUGAUCACGCACGCAAAGGUGUACGCCAUUGCGGAAAAAUACGGUGUCUUCGGCCUCAAGUCGCUCGCCGCCCACAAGUUUGCCGCCAGCCUCGCCGCAGGCCACCACGCCUCACCGGAGUUCCCUGACGCCUGUGGCGACGUCUACGAGACCACGGUCGACUCCGACCGAGGGCUGCGCGAUCUCGUCAUUGCCACCUUCCGCGCAAAUCCCGCCCUCAACCUACGCAAGGACGUCGAAGGGGUCGUCAGGGAGACGCCGGGCUUGGCAUGGGAGCUGUAUCGGGUGGCCUGUGGCCUGCCCGUGUACUCCUCAUCAUGAAUGAACCCAAUUACGACCGUCAGAUGCAUCCAUUUCACAAAUAGCUGGUUUAAGCGCCGUGCGCAACGUCCAGGCAAUCAAGCAUCCCUCUCGCGGUGGGGUAGCAUUUGAGCGAUAAAAUGAUCUAUGGAUGUGUAACUGAGACGGGGCAACUGGUUCACCGAGCGUCGUGCGAGCCGCGGCGCUGGUUCGAUUUCUGUUAUUACUUGCGAAAGCGUACGAGGUCGAUGGCAGGU